AUGAAGUACUCCUGUGCGCUGCUCCUUUUGGCCAUCCUGGGAUGCUGCCUGGUGAGCCUGUCGAGAGCUGCCUCAACCACAGCCGCAAGCACAACCGCAACGACGGAGGCCUCCACCGCCGCCUCCACCGCCACCGACGCCACCACCACCACCACCGCCGCCACCACCACAGCCGCGUCCUCGGCCACCACCACGACCGAGUCGUCCUCGAACACCACAACCACCACAACCACCACAGCUGCUUCCUCCGGCAAAAAGAAGCACGUGACCCACUACAAGCGCAAGACCCACCGCCCCAAGAAGGUCAAGAAGAUCCACCACAAGAAGAAGAGCAGCGAUUAA